AUGAACGGCUACGGCUCCCCGUACCUCUACAUGGGCGGCCCGGUGUCGCAGCCGCCGCGGGCUCCGCUGCAGCGGACGCCCAAGUGUGCCCGGUGCCGCAACCACGGCGUGCUGUCUUGGUUGAAGGGCCACAAGCGCUACUGCCGGUUCAAGGACUGCACCUGCGAGAAGUGCAUCCUCAUCAUCGAGCGGCAGAGGGUGAUGGCCGCGCAGGUGGCGCUCCGUCGGCAGCAAGCCAACGAGAGCCUGGAGAGCCUUCUCCCGGACUCCCUGCGCGCCCUCCCAGGGCCGCCGGGCAGCGCCGAGUCCUCCGCCCCGCCGCCUGGGCCACCGCCCUGCGCCGGGCCGCCGCGAGCUCCUGCCGAGCUGGCCGCCGCCGCCGCCGCCCUGCACUGGGCCGCCGAGCCGCCCCCCGCGCUCCCGGGGCCGCUCCCCAAGGCAGACAUGAAUGAGGAGCGGUUGGGUGAUGCCAGUGGAGCAGACAAUGCUGAGACCUACAGUGACAAAGACACAGACCAAAGGAGUUCCCCAGAUAUGACUAAAGCCAAAAGCUGUUUCACCCCUGAAAGUCCUGAAAUUGUUUCAGUGGAUGAGGUUGGUUAUGCUGUUCAGAAAAAUGGUGGAAACGCAGAGAGCCAUCCAGACAGCCCCAAGUACCACCCAGAGCAGAACCACCUCCUGAUAGAAGGUCCUUCUGGGACAGUUUCUUUACCUUUCAGUUUGAAAGCCAACAGACCUCCACUUGAUGUCUUGAAAAAGAUCUUCCCUAACCAAAAGCCAACUGUACUGGAGCUGAUCCUGAAGGGGUGCGGCGGUGAUCUGGUGAGUGCUGUAGAGGUUCUUCUGUCCAGUCGAUCUUCAGUGAUGAGUGGGGAGAGAACUUCUGCAGAAUCUGAUGGUCUUGUUUUACCUUCUAACGGGCACAUUUUUGAACACACGCUGAGUUCAUACCCUAUUUCCUCUUCCAAGUGGUCUGUGGGCUCAGCAUUUAGGGUUCCUGACACACUGAGGUUUUCUGCUGAUUCCAGUAAUGUUGUGCCAAAUCCUCUGGCUGUACCUCUGCAGCACCCUUUCCCUCAGCCUCCACGCUACCCACUGAUGCUGAGGAACACUUUGGCAAGAAACCAGUCCAGCCCCUUCUUGCCCAAUGAUGUCACACUGUGGAAUACCAUGACACUGCAGCAGCAGUACCAGCUGCGGUCUCAGUAUGUCAGUCCUUUCUCAAGCAACUCAACCAGUGUUUUCCGAAGCUCACCUGUCCUUCCUUCCCGCUCCUCAGAAGAUCCUAGGAUCUCAAUCCCUGAUGAUGGGUGCCCGAUUGUGUCUAAGCAACCAAUUUACACAGAAGAUGAAUAUGAUGAAAGGUCUGAUUCAUCAGAUUCAAGAAUACUCAACACAUCUUCUUAGACUGACAUUUGACACAUGAUAUCUGUUCCUUGCAGUGCAGCUGAACUACUGGGCCCUAAGAGGAGGGA